GCGGCCGGGGCGGCGGCGGGGGGCGCCCGCUCCUCCUCCUGCGGGCGGCCCGGCUGGCGGCGCCGAGCCCCCUGCGCGCGGCACAUGGGGCGUCUGACAGAGGCGGUGGCAGCGGGCGGUGGCGCUUCAGCGGCGCGCUCGGCUGGGCCCCCUCCCACUCCCCUUCCCCUGCCUUCCACCUCCCUCGGGUGCACGGCCACCAUGGCGUCCAGCGAGGAGGACGGCACCAACGGCGGCGCCUCGGAAGCGGGCGAGGAGAAGGAGGCCACCGGCAAGAGGAGGCGCCUCGGCUUGUUGGCCACUGUCUGGCUCACUUUCUACAACAUCGCCAUGACCGCGGGGUGGUUGGUUUUAGCUAUUGCCAUGGUACGUUUUUAUAUGGAAAAAGGAACACACAAAGGCUUAUAUAGAAGUAUUCAGAAGACACUUAAAUUUUUCCAGACAUUUGCCUUGCUUGAGAUAGUCCACUGUUUAAUUGGAAUUGUACCUACUUCUGUGAUUGUGGCUGGGGUCCAAGUGAGUUCAAGAAUCUUUAUGGUGUGGCUCAUUACUCACAGUAUAAAACCAAUCCAGAAUGAGGAGAGCGUGGUUCUUUUUCUGGUCGCGUGGACUGUGACAGAGAUCACUCGCUAUUCCUUCUACACAUUCAGUCUUCUCGACCACUUGCCAUACUUCAUUAAAUGGGCCAGAUAUAAUUUUUUUAUCAUCUUAUAUCCCGUCGGAGUUGUUGGUGAACUUCUUACAAUACAUGCUGCCUUACCAUAUGUGAAGAAGACGGGAAUGUUUUCGAUAAGACUUCCUAAUAAAUACAAUGUCUCUUUUGACUACUACUAUUUUCUUCUUAUAACCAUGGCCUCAUAUAUACCAUUGUUCCCACAACUCUAUUUUCAUAUGUUACGCCAAAGAAGAAAGGUGCUUCACGGAGAGGUGAUUGUGGAAAAGGAUGAUUAAAUGAUGCCCACUAACAAGGUGCUUUUUCCAGAAUAACCAGGAUUACUUGAGUCCAAGUUUUAAUAACAAGAAUAAACAACUUUAUGAAAUACUACAGAUUGUAUGAUUUCUUAGACUAUAAAGUGACAUGCGGUAUUUGCCAGUAUUUGUCUUCACAUUUUCUAUAAGAACUCUGCACGUAUUUAUUACCAACUCCUGGGUGGGUGAUGAUCAUUAAGAAAAUAAUGGGGGGGGAACCUUUUUUUAAAAAAAAUUUACUAAUUUUUUUUUGCAGUGUAUGCUCCAGGUUUUUUAAAUCAAUAUUUACAAAUUAGUUUAAUGAUUUAACAUUAUGAUACUUGCCAGUGGUAUUUAUGUGGUAUUUAUAAAUGAAAGUAAAUGCAGAAUUAUAAUAACAUGUUAAUAAUGUAUUGGUAUUUCCUGAACCCAAGAUCUAUUUCUUAAAAGUUAUAAGGCAGCAUUUUUGAUUAAUAAUCAUUUUGGAAAGCAUAGACAUAAUUUGCUUUGAUAGGACUUUUGAUAAAGUAGCUAUGUAACAAAAAUAUUCAAGUAGAUAUCACAAUUGGAAGAUAUUCUUUGCAUAUAUGAUUAGGCUGUUAAAAUUACAUGUACCGCUAAGCAAAUUUGUUUUUAUUUGAAUUAACCUUCAAGGACAACCUUUUCAACUGUAAGGAUUUUAAGGGAUUAGAAAGAAUGUAAGUGUAUACUUUGCCUCCCUUGUGAAAAAAAGAAUAACUUUGGGUCUGAUCAUAACGUUAUAGUCAGACCUCUGGCUGAGAAAGGCUUCUCUAUACCUGGAAUCAUCUAAUAAAAAUCAUGUUUUGAUAAUCCCCUUGUGGGACUUAGGUAAUGAAAAGUUUUGGGGUAUGACCUAACAGACUCAUUUUAUUCUGAAUUCCAUUGAAUUUCAAGCAAGAAGUCUUACAAUAAACCUCCUGUCCAUGUGUUUAGUAGAUAGACUGAAGAUCCUUCAAUACUGCUUUAAUUCUUAAGUAGGCCCUUUAAUUAUUUUUCCCCUUACAUUAAGGUAUGCUGCGUACUGACCCAGUUUAGAGAGAAUAUUAGAUGUGUGACUUUAAAAGAAAAGGAUUUUUUUUUUUUUUUUUUUUUCCUACUACAGAUAUGGAGGUGGAAUUUUGGCUUUCAGUGUUCUGUACUCUUUGGGCUUGCAAUCAACAUGUAACAUUACACUUUUCCAAACUGUUUUGUUUUGUGGUACCACCUUCUCAGUUUUCUCCAUGUGGAGAUUUGCAGUUCAGAAUAGUUUUGCAAACUUUCAUUUUAGAUAACAUGAUUUUUAAAAAGGUGCUAUUUCCUUUAUUGCAUUUUAAUAUUUCUCUGCAGCUGAAUGUUUUAACGAGCACUGUGUACUCUUAUGUAUGAGGUUACUAAUUCUCAAAAUGCAAAUGUUCAUUCUGCUUUUACACUGCUUGAUCCGUUUUUAUCUUGAAUUUUUAUAUGGAAGAAAUUUCCGGGGAGUUUUUCCCUUUGGUGCCAUAGCAUAAGAAGUUCAUGUACAUCUUGAUCCUGUCAGAUGCCUGUCUUAUGAAAAAUAUUUUAAAUGCUGUUCCUAAAACUUGUGUUCAUUUAGCCUGUACUCCCUUCAAGUACCUGUAAUAACUCUUUUUCUCCUUUAGUUGUGGAAUAUCCUGAAGUAGGAAUUGUGAUUAACUUUAAUAAAAAUGAAAAUGCAUCAAA